GAAAAACCCCCCUCUCCGUGUAAAGCCGGCAGCCGCCAGCCUCGGCACACAAAGAAAAUCAGCAUAUUCAGGGUUAGCAGCUGUUGAUUCUUGAAGUGUGACCUCCAAGCUCCUCCACUCAGACACCCAGGGUCACCCAGCCUCCACCCGCCCGCCACACGGGGGAUUACAUCCAGUCAGAGGAAUCUCACGAGUUUUUGUUUGUGUCUCGUUCUGAGCAUCUUUCACAUUUCUACUCGAUUAAAUCACCGUCUCUCUGUUUUUCUCUGUCCUCGUUUCAGGUCGACUUUGAGCAGUUCAAGAACGCGCUGAUUCUGGUUUUGUCGUCGACCAUAGAGCAACCUCCAGCAGAGACAGAGGCCUUAUCAAGACCAGGUAAAGUCUGGAUUCCUGUGUGCCCCUUUGUUUCAGGUUUGGGAUCCGACUCUGAUACUUUGGGUUGAAAUCACUCCAGGAAAUGUACAGUUUAAAUGCUACGUUUGACUUACCCCGGAAGUCAAAAGUUGGUGUUGAAAAUGACAUUGAGUUACCAGCAUUCAGUUAUCAGGUUGGAAAAAAGCAAAAUUGGAGGCUGAAACAAGAUGGCUACAUCUACUUAAGUUAUUUUAGCGCUUGACUUGUCCAAAUAUAAGGCAGGUGCUAAAAUAACUUUCUUUGACUUGGUAAGUCUGCUCUGAAGCGACACUUGUUUAUUCAGGCUUUUGGUAUUUAGUUAGGUUUUUUGUAGUGUGUUGUUAAGCUCUUUGGGUAUCUUGAAAGGCGCUAUACAAAUGUAAGAUAUUAUUAUUAUUUUUAUUUAAUUUUUUUUUAUUAUGGUAACUGAAGCGCUGAGAACUCGGGUGUAACGUCAUUUUCGGCCCCGACAUCUGACUUCCAAGGUUACUCGAAUGCAGCAUUAUUUACAUCACAUGGUCGUGUGACAGUUAGCCAAUCAGAUAGUGUUGUGGGCGGGACAUACUUUUUAACACCGUAUUUUUCGCACUAUAAGGCGCACUUAAAAUCCUUUUGGCUUGUCGGAGCUCUGCAGCUACCGUAGCCUCAUGGAGUUAUUGAAUGAGUUUAAUAAAGUUUGACUUAUCGGACUGUUUUGUUUGGCUUAAUGCGCUUUAUAAUCCGGUGCACCUUAUGUAUCAAAAUAGACGCGAAUAGACGCGUUCAUUGAUGGUGCGCCUUAUAAUCAGGUGUGCCUUUAUAGUGCGAAAAAUACGGUGAAUAACUCUCUUCAGCCAUCUGAAAUGAAAGUCUGAAUGACGUUUAACCGCCCUGAGAGUUGGCUAAUGCUAAUGCUAAUGCUAAUGAUCGGUAUACGCUUAAGUCUGGAGUCUGUAACAACAUCUAUCUAUCUAUAUCUAUCUACGUCGGGAUCCUAAACAGUCUGAACCUCUCCGUGACAAAAACAGGAGUUUCAGCCGCGGUCCUGCACCCAGGCUGACCCCCUUCCCAGGACUGCAGUCAGACCAUUAUAGCUUCUUCAAACGCGGCCCGCUAAAGUUAGCCACUGGAGCGCUUUGGACUUGGAAAGUCCUAAAAAUAGUUCCUAGGUUUAAAAAUACAGAAGUUCCCCUUUAAGAGGAGUCGCUGAAGCCGCCCGCUGUGUUUACAGGAAGUGAAGCAUGAGGCCCUAUCAUGAGCCUGAUCUGUGUCCACUGUCAGUCCCAGUUUAAUUUUGACCCUGAAGACACCCAUACCCGUGACGUGAAGGCUGAGUGUGUGCGGCGGCCCCCCUGCUGACUCAGCAGUAAAUCUACAUACAGAAGCACCGGGCCGCCUCUAAGCCAAUUAGCCGACACCUGACCUGUUCGCACCGUCAUGGUUUGUGAGGUUGGGUGUUUUUAGACAGAGCGCUUUUCUACGAACAAACACACGAAUGUAUCGAGACUUUUUUAUGAUUGAUAAGAUCAUUUCCAGGAGGUUCCUCUGCAGGUUUCAGACACUGACCUUUAGUUUUGUCUGUUUCCUUAAAAUAAUGAGACUUUAACAGACUUUGGUUUCUGCUUUUGGAGAAGUUCUGAGUUUUGGGGAAGUAUCUGCAGCUGUAAUCCCAUAUUUUUGUCAUGAGCAUGUGGGUUUGACUCAGAUUAUAUGACCAUUCUCAUCCUUGUCUGUAUGAGCUGCUGCUGCUGUUAUUUGACCUCCAUUAAUCCCCUCUCCAGUCGCACCAGUCUCAGCAGAUGACUGUCUAUCAUCAGUCUGGUUCUGCUUCAGGUUUCUGCCUGUUAAAGAAACUUCUUCUUCUGCUAAAUCCUGCAGAGUGUCUCACUCUAAUCUGACUGGAUGAGUUCAGUCCUAUCUUGAUUGAAGAUUGAUUAAAGAUUGAUUGUGUCUCCUCAGAGUCUCCUGAGAUCCAGCCAAAGUUUGUGAAGGGCAGUAAACGCUAUGGUCGCCGCUCCACGCCGGAGUUCAUCGAGCCUUUUUCUGGCACGUCUGAAGCCACAAAUGGACACGGACCGGAGAAGGAGGCCGACCACGAGGACUGCGAUGACUCCGCCGUCCCGAGGAAGCGUGAGGUAAAUGACUAUGAACGCCGUUGUUCUCCGGCAGCGCUCUGAACAUCCGGACACUCGGACGGCUUCCUUAUCUCCUCCCGUCCUCGCUCGAACCGUGUUUUCUCUCCGCAGCAGCAGCGAGGAGAAGGCGAUAUUCUUAGAUAAUCAGCUUAGCGGCGUUGAUGACAGGUCCUGAGAUGUGAUAGAGACACUUCACUCAGGAUCCACAGGGUUCCCGGGUCGUUACGUAACUCUGCAGCUCCGUCUGUACCUAACACUGAGAGCACAAUUACUCUUUAACCAGCUGCCGGUAGUUAAGAUGGAAGCAGAGCGCUCACUGAGCGUCACUGUGCCGUCAGGUUGAUGGUCCAUGAUGUGGGUUGAACUUUACCCUCAGCUGCAUGUGCCUGUUGUGAUGUGGUUGUCAAGGCAACACCUUGUUCUGUUCCCAACGCCCAUAACAGGUGCCUUCACGCUCCUGUGUCAUAAAGCUGCACAGCGUUUGUCUAAUCUAAAUCUCGCACACCUGAAAAGAAAAGACGUCGUUUCUCAGAUACGUGAAAUGAACAUCCUGCGUUUCCCCGCUGUGUUCAUGCAUCCACGACUUUGGACGUCGAAAUACGAUCUGAAGAUCGUAGUUCGUUUCACAUCGUAGUUCGACUGUGUCGUUUGUUUCAGGAUUUAAAGAACUAAUUUGUCGUCUAAUUUAAUCAUCGUAGCGUGUGGACCUUAUCCAGUAGGAGAGCUUAACGUCCACGAGGUCCAGCAUCAGUCAAAGAACAGUCAAAAUCUCUUUUUAUAUCUAUAGGGGCCAGGUUUAGUCUGAUCUACGACCAUAAUCCUCUAAAACGUUGGAAUGUCUUUAGUGGAAAUCACUGCAUGGACUUGAAAUAACUUGAAAAACUAUCGUCUGUAAACAGAAACCAGAUAGAAUGAGGAUCCAGAUCUAUGAAAUAAUACUAUAAACUGCAGAACUUAAGACGUGACAUGAGGAAAGGUCAUGUUAUGACUGAUGAUACCAAAACAAGCAGAUGAGGGUGUUUGCAGCAGUUUCCCAAAGUUUCUGUUUCUGCCAUAACAUCGAAACGCAGCCAUGAGGAAAUCGCUUUGUGUCGGAUGUAAAAUAACAAUUAUGCAAUUUGGAAACUCCAGGAUUUACAGAGUGCUCCAGCUUGAGGAGAACAGGCUGACUUUGCCAGCGUGGGCGUGCUGCAGCUAAAUAAAUCACAACACUGAAAUCACUGAGAUGGUAGAAUGAUGGCCCGCUCAGCUUGUGCACGGAUGGACGUGUUCAUAUUGUGGCUAUUGUCUGAGCUCCACCAAGACAAACACUAUUGCAGACACUGAAGUGAAGCGUGUCUCAGUGUUGACUGAUGCUAAGCCGCAACAAAGCUACAAUGUCCGGCCUGUGGACCAGCAGAUGGGAGGGGUCAGGGGGCUGUGCCAUAGAGACUCUGUGAGGACGAGGAGGAGGGAGAAGGACAGAGACAGAGGAACAAUGAGCUCCUCCACCCCCACGCUCCUGGAUGCCUAUGCAGCAUGUAUGAAAACGCUGCUCCCAGGAUCCCAUCUGUUCUUCAUUCCCUCACUGUUUGCUUCUCAGACAAUAGGCGGUCACGCUGGGAGGGGGUCGCAGCAGCACUCUGGGUCACACGUCCAAAUAACAAACCCCUGCUUUCAUUUGACCACAACAUGCGCAGAAAACUGAAGGAGAACUUUUUGAAAAGUUUUUAUGACUAAAAGUAUAAAAAGUUGUGAAGCUAACGGGCUUCAGUAGGCGGCCUUUAAACAGCUGCUGCUUGUUUUCACAUCACGAUAAAUUAACAUAUUGCACUGUCACUUUUUCAAAUUUGAUGUCAAUGGUUGUUUGUUCUUUUGCAAGAAUGAAAAUCUGCUUCAGUUGGGUGUGAAAAAGUCUUUGGUUUAUAUUUGAAAAGUGUGCAGCAGCAACCCUGACUAAAGGUGUCUUCUUUAUUCAUUGAUAACGGAUGACUUGAAUCUAGCACAGUAGCCCGGAGGAUUCCUCAAAUUCACAGCAGAGCACAGAAAACCUUUUUGUUUUUAACUGCCUUUUUCUAAAUCCAACCGUCGUCAGCACAAAGGCUCCCUUGUGUGUUUUUGUCAGAUGCUCUGCUCAGUUUUUCCACCCAGACUCUAGUUCUCGUGAUUUCAAACGAACAUUUAACGUAUGAACACCUGAUUGUUGCAUGAGCAAGUUAGCCUGCAGGACGGCGAUUUUAGGAUUAAGUAACACUGCUGGUUUUUAUUAAAGCCAGCCUCUCUGUGAUACUAAUUUCUUGGUGUUUUUCUUCUUAACAGCGCUGGAUCGCUCAUGAAACAAGCAUCGAGGAGUUUGAGGCAGAAGGUAAGUCAGAGUGGCAGGAUCUCCAGAAGAGUGGUAUCACUGGUUUCAUCUCCAGGUUUUGAUGGUCUUCUUGUUAUCUUUCAUGUAGGCCAGCUGCAUCUCUGGAACCCGGACGAGCCGAGCACCCCUCGAGGAGCUGGAGUUCCUCUGUCGAGCUCUUUAGAGGAGAGGCUGCGAGAAGCCUGCGAGGAGCUGGAGAUCUCCUGGGACGGAUGUGCCCAUCAAUCUGAACUGGUCACCUUGUGUGAACUCCUGGGCCUGGAGGUGAGGAGACACAGAUGAUAUCAGGACAGAUUUUUAAAGCUCAUUAUUGUUUAUCGAUUCAUCUAAUGAUUAGAAAGAUUUGGCAUCACUUAAUUAUGCUGUGGAAACUUUUUUAACUGUGCUGCAUUUUUAUCUGGCCUUGUGUCACGAAAUGUAACAUCAGUCAUUUUAACUGUAACUGCUGAACUUAGGGGUAAGGUUUGGAAAUCAGAAAAACUUUUGUAUUGUUAUUAUGACACAUAUUUUUACUGCACUGCAUUUUUGUCUAUGAGAACCUUGUGUCACUGAAUGUAAUAUAAAUCCUUUUAACUAUAACUGGUGAACUCAUGAGGACUCAUAAUGUACUUUGGAAAUAAGGGAAAAUUUUGUAUUAAUUAUAGCAUUGGAGGACUUACUUCUGAUAAACCUUCAUGAUUAGAGAAACUGUGGUCAUAUUACAAAUUUCUUUCUGAUAAGCGGCAGAUGAAAACCGUAGAAGAUGAUAUCAGUGUAGAGAUUUGGCCCUUAAGUGGUGAAAUAGAUCCUUGACCGCCUGUUAGCUAACUUCCGGAAGACAGCUAGCUUUAGCAUUUAGCCGCUCCCUGUUUGACGGUCAAAAUCGUGAUUUCGACGGUAAAAGAAAAACUUUGACGCUAUUAUAACAAGUAUUUUAUAAUUUUAUGACAUGGAAGUGCUAAUGUUUAUGCUGGCAUCUAAUUUUAGCUCCCCAAUUAAAUAAAAUACCGAACGCGCGGGAUAGCGGUGUUACGGUUAAAUGUGUAACCCUGGAAUCUAGGUGCGUUCAGCCUGUUGCUAUGACAACCACAUAACCAUUCCGCUGUAAGGCGCGAAUAUACAGGGUCGCUCUCUCCACCAUAACACCAGUAGUCUGUUAAAAGCGUCGAUCGGGACAAGGGUGAGAAAAUUUGCUGGUUUGAAGGCAGUUUAUUUCAAAUAAAUUAUUAAAAAAUGGCGAAUUGUAUUAACAAGAUUGAGGAAUUGGGAAUAAAAAGUGGACAAAAUCUGAAAUACUAAAGUUAAAUGAUUUAAGACCCGGAAUAACAUAAGAAUACACCACUUACGGGUGCCCGCCAUGGGAAUAUUGGUGCAAUUUCAGGUAAAAUUUAUGUAAUUAAAAUUAAAUGUUUUAACACUAUACAAGAACAACUCAUAGUGACAAAUACACAUAGUCAUAUUUUGUUUUUGCUAAAUUAUCAUGUAGUCCGAUGUUAACCCAAUUUUUCUGAUUAAUAGUCCCCCUUUUUUAACCCCCUGAGGUCUUCCUUGAAAAAUACAACUUCAUCUUUAAACUUUCUUCGCCUUAAAAUAUCUUAGCCUACUAGUUGCUGCAAUCAGCAGCUCAAUUUUGCCAACAAAUCCUGAUUAUUAUCUAUAAGUAGGUUUACGAAACACACAUUUCCCGCUCUAUAAAAGCAAUAAAAGGAAAACUUGUAUCUGUUAAUCAUCUCUGCGUAUUUUGAGGUUUAGAUAACCGAUAUGUGCAAAAAAAAAAUCUGAAAUUGUUCUCCUGAAAAGCUUCAGUUGUAGUCCGCAGAAACAGGCUUUAAAGUCUUCAUUGUAAUCCUUCGAGGCAAAUGUUCUUAUCAAAGUGAAUCCACUUAUUGUUCUUGUUUUUGCCAAAUACUUCUUUAAGCACAAACCAACCUUACAUAACUUUAUACAGAACAACAGGAAAAAUAGUUAUUAUACUUCACAGGACACAGGUGUUGUUGGUCUAACCCCCCUUAUGUGGUCCGUUCGUUUGUGUGACAUCUCUGUGUGUGGAAAUAGUUUCUUGAUCCAACAACAUAUUUGUCUUCAACACAAUCACACACACACUAAUAAUUACCUGCUGUAAGCAGCUUUGUUUGGCCAGGUGAAUUACUGUUUUUGUCUCUGGAGUCUGCUGGCUUUAAAGACCUAUUUAUAUAUUUAGAAACUUAAACUAAAAGCUUUAUCCCUGUACGAUCCUGUUUUUCUAAAACAGAUCCAACCCUUUUUGCACCUGCUUGUCAUUUUAAUCCCAAAAUUGUAAGAAAAAUAGAACUGGAGAUAACAACGUGGAAAACAAUCUACAGUGAGAAACAUUUUAAAGCCCAGAGCAGAAAACACGAACGGGGCAGAUUCAUUCAGUAACCAAAGCAGCCGGACAGCAUGUUGAAGAAGCAGGGUUGAAAUCAUGUAAAAUUCUGUUUAAAUUUAGGACUAAACAACUUUAAAAUCACAAAGGUAUUCAGAGUGAAGAGGAAACUCUCUGAACACAAACGUUUCUGUGUCAGAUUCAGGUGGACGUGCUGCAGAGUCUCACCUGUGACGGAGUCAUGAACGUUCAGGAGUUUGUUUCCAGGGUGGUAACCCACAACAAACCCCCGACGCCGUCCGCCUCCACGCCCUACAGACAGCUGAAGAGACACCACUCCACUCAGGUACGCCACCUCCUGGUACACCUGUAGUACUUCUCUUUAUUUUAUCUUCAUCCGUGGGUUGUUGUUUUGCUUUUAUUUGAUCGGACAGUUGAAGAUAGACUGGAAAUGAGGAGAAGGAGAGGAGGAGUUGAAUGCUGGAUCUCAUGGUGUGUUUGUAUGAAGUGAAAUUUAUAUACAAUAAAAUAGAAAUUCCCUUUUACAGCCGUUUGAUGAGGGCGGUCGCAGAAUAGCCACUCCCUCUGCUCUGAGCAGCACCAUCGGCACACGUCUGUUCUCCACCCUGGAUGACGGUUCUGGUUUCACUCUCGUCGAGUACAUCCUGGACGCCUGGGUGGAGGAGGGAAUAGAGAACAGCACUGAGAUCUUACAGGUAAGACAACACACCUGGAUCAGCUUCUCCUCUCAGCUCCCAACAGAGUGAAGAAGUCAUCAAAAAAACUGAUUUAUAUUCCUACAGGCUCUAAAUUUUAACCUCGAUGGAAAACUGAGUCUGAGCGACCUCACCAUGGCGCUGGAGAACGAGCUGCUCAUCACAAAGAACGGGAUUCAUCAAGCAGCGUUGGCGAGCUUCAAAGCUGAGAUCCGACAUCUCCUGUGAGUGGAUGAAUGUUCUUAAAGCUGCAGGAUUCGUUUCUGUCAUCUUUGGCGUGUUCAUGAUGGUUUGUGUCUUCCUCAGAGAGCGUGUGGACAGAGAACUCCGGGAGAAAGAGAAGAUCCGAUCAGACCUGGAAAAAGUGGAGAAACAAAAGACUCAGCUGGCCACAGAGGUGGACGAGCACCACUCCGCCAUCGAGCAGAUGAACAACCUCAACCUGAGGUGACUGAACCUUCAACGUCACAGCAGCUCCACUUUUUUAAACUGUUUUUAUGUCAAUGAAACCACAUGACAGUGGCAUUUCACUAUAUUCAACUUCGCUAUUUUCCAGAAUCAAAGUGUUGAACGUUGUUGUUUUUUUCCUGGUUACAGGAAGUUGGAACAGGAGCACAAAGAGAAACUCGCAGCCGUCCGCUCUGAGCUGAUGAAGGAGAUGGACCAGAUCCAGCAGCAGGCCAGCGUUCAGCGUGAGGAGCUGGAGGCCGAGAUGCAGAAGAUCAGAGAGGAUGAGUCUUUCCUCAGAGACCACCUCUCCAUCUCUGUGAAGGUAUUAAAAAAAACUGAAGUCUUAUAAUCUACAUUUGAAAAGUUAGUUUUUCUCUUUUAGAGUGAGAGGAUCUUCUCGUCUUAAAGGAAACAUAACGGUUUCUUUGUUUUUAGGAAAACAGACGUCUGGAGAUGGAGCUGCUGGACAGCACCGAAAAACUGGAGGAAGCCCAAAACCAGAUCACCAAACUCCAGACUAGUUUGGACAACAUUAUCAAAGAGAGGGUGAGGACAGAUUUAGGAAUUUAUGACCUUCUGACAAGGAUCUUUCCACAUUUCCUGUUCGGUUUCUCUCUUUUAUUUGUCCGUGUUUGUUCGACCUCUGUUGACUUCUUCAUCUUUUUUUAGUUUGGAGACCUGGACCCCGGCAGCGCAGACCUCUUCCUGCAGGAGGAGCGCAUUAAACAACUCCGCAGCAGCUAUGAGGCUCAGUGCAGAGUAACUACAGUUUAAUUAUAACUGAGUUUACAGAGUCACUGAGAAAAAACCCGCCUCCUAAACAUGUCUGAUUUCUGCAGGAGCUGCAGGAUCGUAUCGACGAGCUGCAGUCCGAGCUGCAGGAGUUUCACGGUCUGGGGAGAGUUCUUCAGCCCUGCCACAAAACCCUCUCUGAGGAGCUGGAGAGUAAAAGUCCCGGCAUGGAGUCUGAUCCAGGUCGGUCCAGUUCUUAGUUCUUGUGUUUGUCAUCAUUUUUAUAGAAACAUAGAAACCUGACACGAGUCCGUCUCUCUGCAGGGAUCGGUUCAGACGAGGUUCAGCCGUUCAGCAUGAGUCUGGAGGCGGAGAUGAUGUUGGAGCAGCUGAAGGAACAGCACCUUCAGGAGAUGGAGGAUCUGAGGAACCAGCUGGAGACCAAGGUGAGUUCAGAAGAUCCAGGAGAGUGUUUGAAUCUGAGUUUAGUCGAACCUCUGAGUUUUCAUUUCUGGUGUUUUUUACUCGGAGAGAAACUCUGCCGGAACUCGAUUUGAAGAUCUCCUGAUGGAUAACUCGAUAACCUCAAACUUCCUCCUGUUUCUCCGCAGAUCAAUGAAUUCGAUAAGAUGGUGGAGAAGCAGAAGGCCUCCCAUGAGGACCAGAAAGUCACCAUAGUGCUCCAUCACCAGCAGGAAGCCCAGGCUCUCAGGGAGGAGAUGGCCACCCUUCAGAUCCAGACGCAGGAGCUCCAGAACCGGCUGCAGCAGGUGGAUGUGGAGCGGACGCGUCUGGAGCAAACGCAGGUGGAGGAGACGAAAAAACUCCAGAACCUCCAAGAGAAGGAAGUGGAGACGUUCAGACAGCAGCUGCAGGAGGCCCAGACCUGCAGGGAAGAUCUGGAGGAGCAGCUGAAGAACCUGAGAGGACAGCAGGUGGAGAACGAUGAAAACUUCAGCAGAGAGAUGGAGGAGCUGAAGAAACAGCACGCCGUCCAGAUCAGGAGGCUGGAGGAGGAGCACGUGGAGCUCUCUGAGGGUCAGCUGGAGGAGGAGAAGCAGAAACUACAGGAGGAGAGGUCAGAGUUGGAGAAGAGGCUGUUUGAAAGUUCUGAGAAGGAGAAGGAGCUGCUGCAGCAAAGCCACGAAGAGGAGCUGAAGGUCAGACUGGAGGAGGUGAAGGAGAGCAUGGAGGCAGAGCGGGAGGAGGUGGUGAGGAGCCUGACGGAGCAGUGGAAGAGAGAGAGGGCUCAGCUGGACGAGCAGAACAACGACGCUCUGCAGGUCCUCCUAGAAGAAGAGAUGAUGAGACUAGUGAAGGAGCAGGAGGAGAAAGAGGGGAGGCUCAGGGAGAUCUGGGAGCAGGAGCGAGCUCAGCUUCAGGAGCACCAGGAGAAGGCCCUGCUGCACGAGAGGAACCAGGUCCAGGAGCAGUUUGAGCAGAGGGAGAGACAGCUGAAGAAGGAGUGGGAGAGCGAGAGACUGCAGCUGGUGGAGGACUACGAGGGGAUGCUGCAGGAGAGGCUGAGCGAGGAGAAGGAGAAGUUCGACGGCGAGAAGGAGGAGGAGGAGAAGAGAUUCGAGGCUCUGAUGGGAGAGGAGAAGGUCCAACUGGAGGAGAGGCACCGAGAGGCCGUGAAGGAGCUGACGGCCAAACACACCCAGGAGAGGGACGCUCUGAGCGGCAUGUUGGACAAACUCCGAGAAGACAUCGUCCAGGAGAGGUGAGACGAGAUUUCAGUUUAGAUUUAGGCAGAUGAAGAAAAAAACAUCUAACCUUAAAAAAUUCUAAAAAACAAAAGGUUUCUCAGCUGUUUUUUAUAGUAUUAGAUGUUCUUAAUUACAAACUAAAAGUUGACUAAAGUUUGACCACUAGAAAGGCGUCAUUUUCACGAUGGCGUCCAUGAUGGUAGGAAGCCCGAGGAGACACUCCAAGUAAAUAGGGUAAAAUUUUAAACUUGCAGAUAUCACCAUGAAACUUCCCAAGUUUAUCACUUAGAUUAAGACAAAUAUUUUUUAUAUUACAAGUUUUGUCAAAUGUUAUGUAUGAAUAUGUAAAUGAGGUAAUAUCUAAUUAAAUAUGCAGUAAUUUACAUACAUAUUUGCACCUGACGAGUUUGGGAAUUUAUUUUUGACUCUGAGAGAAAUGAAAGAAGUGAAUAUUUGUUUGUGAGUUUUUGUUUGUUUGUUGUUUUUCUGUUUUUUCUGUAACUGUGAAUUUAAAUAACCGUAAACAGGAAGGAGAUCCAGAUCAGCUUCACUCAGAAAAUCCAGGAGGUAGAAGAUCGUUUCUCAGGUGAACAAGAGUCUGUGGAGAAGCGAUUUCAGGCCGACAUCCUGAAACUGGAGCAUCACUACCAGAGCGAGCUGAAGGCUCUGACUGAGAGCCACGCUGAGCAGAAGCUGAGAUGGGAGGCUGAGAUCCAGAAGACCCUGGACACAGCAGAGGAACACAGACGGAUCAUGGAGGAGGGGAAAGAACUGGAGAGAGAGAGCGUGAACCAGGAGUGGAUCAGAGAACGCCACCAGCUGCAGGAGCUCCACAAAACGGAGAUCGAAGAGCUGGUGCAGAAGAACCAGCAGCUGCAGAACGAGCUCCUGGACUUCAUCAGCAUGGCUCAGACCAAAGAGAUCGAGCUGAGCAUGCAGCUGAACGACCUCCACAACCGGCUGCAGGAGAGCCUGAAGACCAAAGACGAGCUUCUCGCUCAGUCCGAGAAGAAAGCCUGCGAGAUCGAGCUCCUCCUGAACCAGACGGUGGAGGAUUUCAAACAGGAGAAGGAGGAACUUCUCAGCAGCCAGAGAGAAGUCGAGGCGAAGUACAAGCAGGCGCUCUCCGUCUCUGAGAAGCAGAUCAGCGAGAAGAUGGAGCUGCUGAGCGAGCGCGACGAUCUGAAGAUGAGGAUCGAGGAGAUGGAGAUGCUGCUGGAACAGGCCACCCUGGACUUUGAGCUGGAGAGGAAGGAGCUGCAGGAGCACAUGGUCGCCCUGGAGAAGGCGCUGAGGGAAUAUCACGAGGUGGAGAGGGAAGAGCUGGUGGCAGAAAGAGGUCAACUCAAGACCAGGGUGAAGGACCUGGAGCUGAAACUGGGUCAGGUUUUGUCUUCUGAAGAAAGUGGGAAAUCACACGUUCAUGCAGCUGAUGAAAGAGAGGAUGUUCCCGGUCACGAGGAACCUGAAGUUGACCCUGAACUCCGUCCUCAUCCUGCAGAAACCAGAGACAAAGACCCUGAAAGAACAUCCUGUGGAGUCCUGGACCAAAAUAGCCCCGAGUGCGAGAACAAAGCGGCUCCUGGGUCAUGUGAGGAGGAGGAACAAAGGAGCUCCCAUGAAGACCAGCCGUGUCAUGAGAUCGCCGUGGUGGAUCCCUCAGCGCCCGAGGAGACAAGUGACCCAGAUAAACCAGAAACCAAAGAUGUUUCCGAGUCUUUGACCCUGAGAAGUCCUGGUGAAGGUGGAGACCCUGCAGAGAUGGAGGACUCUCUGAGGAGACUCCAGAUCUCCUAUAACACGGCCACAGAGGAGAACCUCCUCCUGCUGGAGAAGAUCUCGCUGCUUCAGCAGAAAACCGAGCUGCUGGAGAACCUUCUGGCCCACAACACCGAGAAGAUCAAGAACGGUCAGCAGAUAUUAGAGGAGAACUACGGCCUGAAGGUGAAGAUGCUGCUCCUGAUGGACCACGUGAAAGAGCUGGAGAUGAAGGCCCUAAAGAUGACCGACCUCCAGAUCCGCUACGAGGACUGUCUGUGUGAGAACACCAAACUGAAGGACCAGAACCUGGAGCUGGAGAAGAGGGUCUGGAGCCUGGAGAGCAGGAUGAGUAUCUUCCCGGAGCUGCAGGACCAGAUGUCUCUGGUGGAGGAGAUCAGCAGGAUGAGGGAGGAGAACAGCAAGCUCUCCGAGUUAUUCGAGGAGUUGGAGAAGCAGCCGGAGAUCGGGGCGCCCGAGAUCCUGGCCGACGAGUCUCUGCUGGACGAGGAUCUGGAGGGGUGCUGCGAGGAGUUUGAGAAGCAGAACAUCAGACUGCGGCGCGCCAUCACGGAGCUGCAGGACAAGUCCACCACCUUAAACCAGACCACGCAGGCUCAUAGGUAACCUGGAGAGGAAGUAGAUCCCCGACCCUCCUCGUAUCCUCAUGGUGGCUUCAACCCUAAAACCUGCUCCUCCUUCUGUCUCCAGGAUCAGCGUAGACCUGGAUUAGGUCCCUGAACCCUCCUCUCCUGUGCGUCUGUGACCCCCGUAGACAAACUGUGGAGCGUUCAGAGUCUGUGUGUCGAUCGUAGAAUAAUUAGAUGUUUUUACCGUUUAUCUGUGAACUCUGAGCUUCGUAGAAAUCCAGUUUUUGGUUUUGAUGAGUUUUUGUCCUCCUGCAGAUCUGAAACCGGCCGCCUGGCUGAAGAAAACCUCGCUCUGCGGCAGAAGAUCGCCGCCUUGAAGGAGGAGGACUUGAAGGAGUCCCAGGAGGAGCUGAUGUGAGGAGACAAACACCUCAACAGAUUUUUCUAUUUUCACUUUUGUGUUUGUUUUUGUUUUUGUCGUGACGUUUUUUUUUCUGCUUCAUUUCAGACAAAAACUGGAGUUCUUGAAGAAGGGGAAGGUCGCAGCUCAGAGGGCGGCGGAGAACUUCAAGAAACAGGUGAGGUUUGGAUCCAUUCAGAUCAUGAUCCGUCUCUUUACAUCCUGUAAAAUCUGGUGGUUGCAUGAUCCUCAGCGCUCUUCUCUGCCCUCUAGAGGUAUAACCUGGUAACACAAGUGUGUGUUUUGAAAGGCAGAGUGUAAAUCUCUGCACAAAAGUCUUCAAAAAGACACAUCGACCUCUAAAAAACCCUGACAUCUGCAGGUGAAAGUCCAUCAGAGGAAACCCAGCGCAGUGAUUCGAUGUUCUGGAGAAGAUUAACUUUAAUAAACAGGUGUUUCCUCUUCUUCUUCCUCUUCUUUCAGAUCACGGAGCUGCGUCUGCAGAGUCAGCAGCUGGAGGACCAGAACGGUCUGCUGACGGAGAGAAACGCCCAGAACAUCGCCGACAUCGAGAACCUUCGGCAGCAGCUGGAGGAGGUGAUGAAGGACGAUGAGAGGACGGAGGGGUUCUCCGCCGAGAGGAACAAGGUAAAGGGCGCCGCGUGAUGACGGUUGUCAUGGUGAUGAUGCUGUUUGGUGGUAGCGGGUAGUUAAUCGGCGGCUGUUUUGUGUUAGCUGGCGGCUUGUGUGUCUGGUCUGGAGACAGAGUUGACCAAAGCUCUGGAGGACGCCGCUCAGCUGGAGGAGAGGAACAGUCAGCUGUCAGAGCUGCUCUCCGACCUCAAGGAGAAGGUGAGAACCAGGACCAGGACCACGGACCCUCUGAGGGGUUUCACAGGAGCAUAGAAAAUAAAAUGAGGGGUUUAGGUUUCACACAGUAUGGGAAGAAAAUGACGCAGAGGUACGAGGGCUGGACGAUGAUUUUAAAAAAUAAUAAUCACUAUUAUUUUUACUGAUUUUAAAAUUACGAUUAAUAAACACAAACACAAUUAAUUAUUUCAAAACUUUUGAGUUUUUUUAAACCACCAAAUUAUAACUAUAAAUAGAACUCAAAAGAACAACCAGAAUUAAAUGAUUAACAAGUCAACAAGUUAAAAAAACAAAACAAAAGUUAAUUUAAAUAAUGAUAACAAAAAAUAUAUAUAUAUAAAAAUAAAUACCCAAUCCCCAUGCACUCCUGCAAAACUGAAACAUGUAAAAAAAACAUUAAUAAUUUUUCUUCGAUUAUAGUGUUUUUAUAAUUGUAAGAAGCUGAAAUCGAAGUCAUGAUUAAAAUUCGAUUGAUCGUCCAGCACUAAGAGGAAAACAAACUUUGUGGAGUAGACGAGCGGCGAGGAGAAACCCGUGUUUGUGUGAGUCAGUCUGGUUCAUUUAUAGAAAGUGAGGUAAGCGUCUGAUCGGCGGUAUAAUCCUCGCCGUGACGUCAUCAGACUCUGAAAUAAGAGUUGGAGCCUGAUGGUGGAAAAAGAGACACUUUGGGGAACAUGAACUCAGAGUUAAAGUUCAGUCUGAAAACCAGAGAUAAAGGAACAAGCCUGUCAUGCAUGGAAAAGGUCAAAGGUUAUUAAUGAAGGUUAUUAGUCCUGAUCUCUGUCCUGGUCUGAUCACAGAACCACGUCCUGGAGGUGGCGCUCCACUCCGGAGGUCUCCAGAAUCAGAGCAAGAAGCUGCUGAGAGAGGAGGUGUCUCGGCUGGUGGAGCAGGAGCAGCUGCUGCUGAGGGAGGAGAACGAGCGUCUCCAGGCCGAGGUCCAGGAGGUCAAAGGAGACCUGCUGCAGUCCAGAGAGCAGGUGAGUCCAGGACCACAGGGACCUCCUGUGAAGACCACGAACCCACAGAGUUUUUACCGUUCCGUUUUCUCUCCUGCAGAUCCGUCAGCUGGACGCCACCAUCCUGUCCCUGAAGCAGAACAAGCAGCAGACUCAGUCCUCGGUCCUGCUGAAGGCCCUGGAGCAGGAGAACGCCUCCCUGAAGCAGGAGCUGGAGGCCCAGAAGGAGCUGAACAAGGUACGACCAGAAGAAAGUCCUCUGUGACGCUGAUCAUGUGGUUCCUGCUUCAGUCCUGAUCAUGAGAACUUUGGUUUCAGAGCUGUGAGGCAGGACCAGGACACGCCGAGGUGGAGAGCCUCCAACAGGAGAACGAAGCUCUGAAGGCUCAGAUGGCUCGACUCUCUUCACACCUGAUGGAGGUACGCUGGGUGAAGUUACAUCUGUGUGUUAAAGGCAGCGGUAGAAGAAGACUCGCCUCCUGAACGUGUCUCUCUGUUUUCUCCAGAACUUUCAGGCUCACCUGGUCGGACUCCUGCCUCCGUCUCCUCACAGGAUGCCCCGCGGUCAGCACCGAGCCGAAGAUCAGGACAACGUUCAGGUAAGAACGAGUCUGAGCAGAUCCCUGUAAAUAUAAACAUGUAUUUAAAAAUACAUGAAGAUAGUUAGACGAUAAAAUCCGUCCUGAACAAACUCAGAGUUUAGAGUUUAGGGUUAUUUUAGGUUUUUAUUCUUCGACAAACAAAAAUGGUCACAUAAAUCCUGAACAUUUUCACUUUCACUUUGGUUUGACAUCCAUCUCCAUCAUUUCUCUCUCAUGUUUGGUCACAUUGAAGCUCUCUUAUAUCACCAGAGAUGUUCUGAUCCAGUUUUUCUGUUCAGUACCGACUCCAGCUCUGUCCUCACCUGUAGACAUUUCAACUUUUUUACCUCCAAAGUUCCCAGAGUAACUCAUAUUCCAGAUUUUACGGUAAUUCUGGAGUCAAACACACAGAUUCAUAUUUUCCAAAAAGUUUCCAGCUGGUCCACAGGCUGAUUAAGAACCUUUUUAAUCUGGUAUCAGAACAUCUCCAGCUCUCACGGUCUGAACUUGACCUCUCAGUGGGAAUUUUUCAGGAUUUGAUUUUAUUUUUGGUCACCUUGGUGUAGAAAAUGUUCCUGCUUAACUCAGGUGUGAAACUCAAACUAAAGGAAACUCGAUCUAAACUCAAACACCUGAUUUAAGUCUCACUCUUAUCUUCAUCACCUGGGUUUGUAGCUGCGUGUCACAGCUCCACCUCCUCACCUGUCCGUCCUCGCCGCCUCCUCCUCCUCCCGUCAUGUGUUCGUGUUGUGUUCGUGUGUGUGUUGACUUUCUGGGUUUGGUGUUCAGUCUGUGUGUUUGUGAACUCCUGCUCUCUGUUGGAUUUUCCUCCUCGCGGUUCGUCGUAGCUGCGGUGGUGUGAUCCUGUAGGUGUGGUCCUGCUGGCUGUUCCUCCAUCUGUCACUUCCUGUCAGAGUCAUGUCGCACAAACCUCCGCCCCUCCACAGCUAGACGGAUGUAGUUAGGUCAUGUGAGAACGCCGUCAUCCCUCCAUCAGUGUGUUUUAAUAGUGUCUGUUAGCUGUGUGACUCAGUGAGUGGACGGUGUGUCACCAUGAAUGUCGGUCCUGUUUGACCUCUGACGUGAUUUUCAAGAAGUGGAAACUUAAAGAGAACGACGGAGUAUUAGGGCCACAUUAAAGGGAAAAAAAGAAGACUUUGAGAUUAAAGUAAUUACUAACGAGAAUUAAGUUGUAAUAAAAUCAUUACCUAAGAGAAUAAAAUUGUCAAAGUAAAUAAAGUCUUGAGGCUGUUUUUGUGGAGGAGGAAAUAUCUGAACUGGUGAACUGCUUGAAACGGCUGCAUUCGGAAAUUUAACCUCUGCACAGACAUUUCCAGACGUUUCCCCUUCCUCAAAAACAGCGAUUCCCUACAAGUCCUCCUGGUUCUUUCUGCAGAAAAGGUGUAUUUCUUGUGUUUGUCCUGAUAUUCUGACAAUGUGACGCUGAAACACCAAAGGAUUUAGUAUCUCCUUGUUUGUGAAACCUAGCUAACUAACAAUAGGUUAGAAUAGCUAUUAGCUUAGACUUUAUUCUCGUAAGAAAUUAUUUUAUUACGACUUUAUUCUCAUAAGCUAUUACUAUUGUUACAACUUUAUUCUCGUAAUUACUUUAUGACGACUUAAUUCCUCUAGCUAAGUAAUUUAAGACUUUUUUCUCUUAAGUAAUUAGUUUAUAACGACUUAAUUCGUAUAGCUAAGUAAUUACUUUACUACGACUUUAUUCUCAUAAGUUAUUACUUUGUUACAACUUUAUUCUUGUAAGUAAUUACUCUAUUACGACUUAAUUCCUCUAGCUAAGUAAUUAUUUUUUUAAGAAUUUUUUUCUCGUAAGGAAUUACUUUAUUAAGACUUUAUUCUCAUAGCUGAGUAAUUACUUUAUUACAACUAUUUCCUCGUUAGUAAUGAUUUUGUUACGACUCUAUUCUCUUAUAUAAUUACUUUACUAUGAUUAUAUUCGCGUAAGUAAUUACUUAUUUACGAUUUUAUUCUAGUAAGUAAUUAUUUUAUUACGACUUUUUUUUCAUAAGUAAUUACUUAUUACGACUUCUCUACCAUAAGUAAUUACUUUAUUAAAACUUUAUUCUCGUAGCUAAGUAAUUACUUUAUUACGACUACUUUCUCGUUAGUAAUGAGUUUAUUAGGAUUUUUUUCUCUUAUAUAAUUACUUUACUACGACCUUAUUCUUGUAAGUUAUUACUUAUUUAGGAUUUAUACUCGUAAGUCAUGAUUUUAGUACAACUUUAUUUUUGUAAGUAAUUACAAAGUCCUACAUGUUUUUCUCAUCAAUGUGGCCCUGACACUCCAUCAUAAAAGAAAACAGUUUUUGUGAAACUUCAAAAUUAAAUUUGGUUCAUUUACUCCAAAAGUUUUUAAGUCCUUCGAAAUCCAAUCUGAGUCAAAAUUAUCCCAACAGAAUAACAGACUGAAUCUAAUCUGAUGGUUUUAAUCCAGAUCAGAUUAUUUUUGAACAUCUGGAUCUAAAACAUCACAGAGAUGAGGACCUCAGUCUGUGUGGGUGUUCAGAUUUAGAUUUAGAGGUGGAGGAGGAGGGUGGAGUCGUGGUGGUGAAGUGUUCCUGCCUUUUCUUCCUCAGGGGCCGGAGCAGCGGGCGGCUCACGCGGACAGCUACCGGCGGAUCGGUGGACUGUAACGCCGGCGUCUUUUCCUGCUCUCUCUUCUUCUUCUUCUUCUUCUCUCAGUCGUUGUUCGGAGCCUCAGGUCUUCUCAGCAUCCUUAUAGGAGAUGAUGAACUUUGAACUGUGCUGCCUGAUUCAGAAGGCAUGAAUGUGUAGUUUGACGUCUCUGCUGCUAGGUGGCAGAAAAACUCUGAGGGCGGGAGGAGGGGCCCUCUCAGGUUUCUCCCAAUGGGAUUUAGACUUGAAAUGAUGUUUUUACUAAAGUGUAACAUCGACAGACUUCCUCCUUUUUCUGCUCUGUGCAUUAAAAUGUCUGCAGCAGGUUGAAAACAGGGAAUCUUCUGAACGUUAACAGGGUGUGUUUUUGUUUUUUUUUCCUGUCAUGCACUUGUAUCAUUCAUCGUUGUGAAAGACGGGGGGUUUCUGCAGACAUCCUCAGGGGCUCAAGCUUGCCUUACGAUCAUCGAGGAGUGUUAAAGGGGAAUUCUGGUAUUUUCUUUUAUUACUCCGACAUGUGUUUGCAUCUGAACAACUCAUAAAAGCAAAAAAAGUUUGAAAGCAGUGAGACCCAAUCAAAGCCAGAACUCGAAAAGUUCCCAUUUGGGACACUCUUUGUAAAUAUCUGGAAGAAUCCCUGCAGAAAACAGUCGUUACAUUGAUCUUUUUAAAGCUACCAAACCUCAUUAAAAAAACUGUUAAUUUAACGCUGCAGAACAGCAGAGUUGUUUGUCCACCACUGCCCCAAUCUGUCGCCUUUUUCCUGUCACACAGAUGUGGUAUUACUACAGAACUUUGCACUUAAACUUAUACAACCUAAAAACAAACAUGUUGCGGCAGUUGUACUUGUUUAACACUUGUGUCCUGUAAGCUUUAAAAUCCAGCUUUUUUUGAAUGGAGUCUGGUGGUUUUAGAGAGAGCGAUGUUCAGCUGUGUCUCGUCCGUGUCAAGAACAAGAACUUUUAUUGGACCUCAUUUGAUGGAGGGUUUUUUAAGAGCCACUGGUGAAAAAUAGCAGAAUUCCCCUUUAAAUGGAGGCUGGAUGAGUGCCUAUCGGCCCUCUGGGCUUUUUCUAACAAUCAAGUUCAUCCUGUAAUCAUCAGCUGAUGUUUGUGUUGGAGUGCAGUCAGGGUUUUUCUCUUAAUGAGGGUAAAAAAAAAAAUCUCUUUUUUUGUUUUUCUUCUUGGACAUUUUAGUCUCUUCCUCCAGCUCGUGUGUUCAUGUUUGUGUGUGCUGCUGUUUCUGUUGCUGCUGCACCAAAGUGAAACCCAUCUUCAGGUUGUUUAAUCUGCAAAAACCAACAAACAUGUCCCACACCUUUGAAUGUUUAUCUUUAAUUUUAGAGAUGUGAUCAUGUGUCAUAUCUGAGUUUAAGUCUGUAAGUCGUUUUUUUUGCACUUAAUUUAAUUUUAUUUUGUUAUUUAUUUUAACAGGCAGUAUAGUGUUUGUUUUAUUUAUGCAUUAAGUUAUUAUUUGUAGAUGUAUCUGGAAAACAGCGCUCCAUUUUAUACAUAUUUAUAAUUUAUUUAUUUUUUUAGUGAAUAUCUCCUUUUUAGAAAAUGUACCAGAAAGCGUUAAACUCUGAAACCAAGUCCAAAUAAAAGCUUCAAACUCCUUCAAACCUGGUCUGGUCUGAGUUGUUUCGAGUCUCCUCUUCUUCUUCUCCUUGUAUAUUUUAUAAUCACAGUUUAAUAAAAUAAAUCUUGGUCCUGGUUUUGCAGCCGUUUGUUGAUCUCGCUCACUGUCUUGUCACCAGGAUGACAGGGAGAGGAAGAUGAAGAUCAUGGAGGAGCGAAUGAAGGAGAUCGAGCUUUCGCUGCACAACGUCAAACUGCUGCUCAAAGAGAAGGUGGCUCAGCUCAAAGACCAGGUCAGGAAUCAUUCAGUCCACAUCAGUCCGAUCCAUGAUCUUCUGCAGAAUUUGUCCUUCAGAGGGCUGAUGGAUGCUGAAGCUCUAAAUCGUUCCAAAAUGUUCUCCGUCACGUACUGCAGAGUUUUAUUCAGGUAUUGAUCUUCUCCUUUCUCUCUGACUCUUCUCAGCUGCACAAGAACGGCAAAGCGGACGUGUUGAUCAAGGAUCUGUACAUGGAGAACGCUCAGCUGCUCCGAGCUCUGGAAGUGACGGACAAGCGUCAGAAGAUCGCUGAGAAGAAGAACUACCUGCUGGAGGAGAAGAUCUCCAGCCUGAACAGGAUAGUGCGAGACCUCAACCCGUCACUGCCGUACUAUUAACGGAGGAAGGCGGUUUGCACUUGGACCAGAAUCACC